CACUCUUCAACCCCCUUGAACCCCAACUCACUCCCGCUGCGGUGAAAUAUGGACUCGCGCAAUCCUCCACAAUGGCGUUCUGGCUCUAGCCGCCUUUCAUCGCGCCCAAAUCCUCCUUCAAUAGUUCCUGCGAAACGGCCUGCGAACUCAACCCAACAAGACCAGCCUGCGAAACGAUCAACGGCUGCGCAAGAGGAGGCUUGGGUUGCAGAUGAGGAUCGCUUCGUCCUACAGCAGGCAAAGAAGAAGGCGGCGAUACGCGUCAAAGGAGGACGAGCAAAACCUAUUGACUGGCUUGCUGUCACACUUCGUUUCAUUGACUCCACAAAGACGGCCCUGGAUGACGAAGUGGAGGAUCACGAGUUGGAAAUCGUUGAUCCGGAAGGAGUAUUUGAGAGCCUUGGCGACGAAGAGCUGGCCGAUCUAGAGAAAGACAUUGACAAUUUCCUUACUUUGGAGACCAACCGGAGCAAUCGCGAUUAUUGGAAUGCUAUGAAGAUUAUUUGCAAAGACCGCCGGAGGAGCGCUAGAUCUGCGCAAGCCGAGGAACGGGCUGCCCACUCUGUCCGGACUGAUAUUGAUAAGAUGCUAGCCCCAAAAUCGUACAAGGAGCUGGAGACCCUGGAGGCACAGGUUAAGAAGAAGUUGGGUGAGGAUGAGGACAUUGACUUCGAAUACUGGGACUCGCUGUUACGCAAUCUGCGGGUCUGGAAGGCCAAGGCAAAAUUGCGCCUUGUAUCUCAGGAAAUCAUCAGCGAGCGACUUCAGGCAGUACGGAAGCAACAGCAGGAGGCUGCCAUAUCAGCGCAGGAGAAGCUACAACAACUUCUCAUAGGCGCUGAGGCUUCAACCGAGGAGCCAGCGAGCGUUGUCAAGUACAGCUCGGAACUAGACCCAGAGCCAAUGUUGAAGCUGCGCCCGGAAGAUAAGAAUCUUGAGCAGCUAGACGAUAAGAAGUUCUUAGAAACAAUUGUGAACGAGCGACGGAAGAUCUUGAAACUGGGUUACGUUCCAAUGCGGAACAAAGCUCAGGCCUCUUCUGCCAACCAAUUGGUUACAAAGCCCACACAGCUUAGCUCCAUCGGUGUGUCGAGAUUUGCUCCUGUCGAUAACGAAGACUUUUCACAAGCAACCAAGGCUCUUUAUGACAGAGAAGUAGCGAAAGGAGUCAAUGAAGACGAGGAGAUCUUCACUGGAGAAGAAGAGCUUGCGUCGACGGCGACGCCACAGUGGGCCGACAAGUACCGUCCCAGGAAACCACGAUAUUUCAAUCGGGUCCAGAUGGGCUACGAAUGGAACAAAUACAACCAGACCCACUACGAUCACGACAACCCACCUCCCAAAGUUGUCCAAGGUUACAAGUUUAACAUUUUCUAUCCUGACCUGAUCAAUACUUCAAAAGCACCAACCUACCGGAUCGAACGCGAGAAUGGCAGAAAGCGUGGCCAAUCCUUUGCGCCGGCUGGACAGGAUGACACAUGCCUCAUCCGCUUCAUUGCUGGACCGCCAUAUCAGGAUAUCGCUUUCAGAAUCGUUGACAAGGAAUGGGACUACAGUGCCAAACGAGAACGUGGGUUUAGGAGCAGUUUCGAAAAGGGUAUCCUACAACUUCAUUUUCAAUUCAAGAAGAUAUAUUAUCGAAAAUGAGCCUUAACAACUCGUUAUCUCGUAUCCCACCGGGGCUAUUUCCAUUUUCGGCCCCUCAUAUCACCACAAGAUAUAGCGAAGAAAGCUCAUGCAAGACUUGCACUUUAUGGCGGUCAGACUGAGCCACUUUACCAGACCGAGCAGACAUUGGAUCUCCCAACUAGCGGUGGGCUGUCGGUAUUCAUCACCCCAGGAAUGGCCGGCUGUAUGUAUCAUUCGAGCUGGGGUUGGAACGUAUCUAGCCAAUCAAGUGCAAACCUGUUGCAGAAUACCCAACUGGGUAUGAAACGUACUCCCUGGCCGGAGAAUAAGGCCGUAAGAUUGUGUCACAUUAACAAAGGUGCACAACCCAAAUCGGCUGCCUACUGUCGC